GAUUGAUACUGAAAUAUUUACUUUUAUGUAUUCUUUCGUAAAGUGUUGUUCUAGCGUGUUGGAAAUGCAACUUAGAAAGCUUCCUUCAGACGACUCCGUGAUGAACCGUUUCAUUAUUCCAAAAAUGAAUCGUGCUGCAUUUGUUUUGGGUCGUUGGUUGCUUGGCGGCUAUUGCUUUUGCAAGUCGAGUUUUGUCCGAGUUUCCUGCCAAAGCAACCUAUUUCGUGGAUCUUCAAAGAGCUAUUUUUGGAACACAAAUAGGAGAGCUGCGUUUAUUAGAAGGACUAUAUCGUUGACGCCAAUCAAUAUGGCCGCGUACAGAGAAGAACCAACCAAUUUUAUUGUGAAGAAUAGAUCCAGAUUUUUGAAACAUUUUUCAGAUACUAGAGAUGCCAGUUUGGCUACAAAUAUAGACGUCGUACUUAAGGAAGAGCUGGAAAAAUAUUUAGAAACGCAGUCCUCGUCUUUGAGAGCUUGGCUUCAUUCCAAUUCUUUUGUUCCUUUCAAGGGGAAGGAAACCAAUUGGAUAGCCGUACCUUCCGUAAACUUUCCAGGGAAAAUAGAAAAACUUGUGGUUGUUUUGGGUGAUGGUACCAGCUUCGGAGGUUGUCGCUGGAUGGGAUUUGCUUGCCUUUCGAAUGCAGCUCCUGCAGGCUUAUACAAAAUGGGAUUUGUAUCCGAGAAAGUAAUUGAACAAGGGUUUACUUCAACACGUGCCGCCUUUGCUUGGGCUUUAGGUGCCUACAGUUUCCCAAUCUAUAAAGGAGCUAGUGCAGUAAAGAAUAACGCUGUCGUUUCCGAAAGUACACUAGAUCCUGCAUUUUUGCCAGUUCUCAUAUGGCCUGAUGACUGUGACAGAAAGCUAGUAGAAUCUUGUGCUUCUGCUACCUUUCUGGUUCGAGACAUGAUUUCCACACCAGCAGAGGAUAUGGGACCUUCUGCAGUUGAGAAUAUUGCACGUCUUUUGGCUGAAGAGUAUCCAGGAGCUACUGUGCGUUCUGUCAUUGAUGAAGCCUUGAUCAAGGAGAAUUUUCCUCAAAUCUAUAUGGUUGGUCGUGGUGCCAGUAAUAAGAACCGAGCCAGGAUGAUUGAACUUGUUGCUGGGGAUCCAAACCAACCAACUGUUUGCUUGUUAGGAAAAGGAGUUUCGUUCGAUAGUGGCGGACUUGAUAUUAAAUCUGCUUCAGGUAUGAGACUUAUGAAGAAAGAUAUGGGUGGAGCUGCUCAUGCUUUUGGACUCGCUUCAAUGAUAUUGUCUUCUAAGCUACCGAUUCAUUUGCGUGUUAUUAUUUCUGCAGUUGAAAAUGCCGUAGAUGGAGAGUCUUAUCGACCUGGUGAUAUUAUAAAAGCUCGAAAUGGUUUGACUACGGAAGUUUGUAAUACGGACGCGGAAGGUCGUUUGAUCCUUGCAGACGCCCUCGUUUAUGGAUGUGAAUUUUCACCAGAACUUAUUGUUGAUUUUGCAACUCUUACUGGUGCAGCAAGAGUAGCUCUCGGGACAGAUGUAGCAGUUUUCUUCAGUAACAAUGAUCGGACCGCAGAGAAACUUGGUGAAGCUGCUGUUCAAGUAGAUGAUCCUGUUUGGAGAUUACCUUUGUAUUCUGGAUAUCGUGCACAACUAGAUUCGAAACUUGCGGACUUGAAAAAUAUAGGAGAAGGUAGUACUGGAGGCUAUGGAGGUGCUAUUUUAGCAGCCUUGUAUUUGAAGGAGUUUGUUACUUGUUCUGUUCCGUGGAUUCAUUUUGAUAUCAUGGCGUAUAAUUUAGCUUCAAAACCUGGAAAACCUGAAGGUGGUGAGGCCAUGGGAAUGCGUGCCGUAUUUCGGCUUCUUCAAGACAAAUAUGGAAAUCCAAGUCAUUUAGGAAUGAUAUGAGUGGCUGAUUGUUUCAAAUAAUAAAAUAUAGUUUUGAGAU